AUGGGCACGGUGUUCAGCCAAACAUCAACGGGCUUAGCGAGGACAGGCAAGAACAGGCCUAAACACACCCAGAUCGACCUGCAGAGCGUUUCGGGUGACACAGGGCCAGAUCCUGAUGAAGGCAGCAGGGACAGAGCCGACAGCGCUGUGUUCGGAGACAAACCGGCCACCUCGUCCCUGUCGGGGCUGAUCCCCCCGGACGCCACCUUGUAUUUCGAUGUUAUCAUGCUGGACAUCUGGAACAAGAACGACAAGCUGCAGAUCACCACCCUGUCCAAGCCGGAGCGCUGCAACCGCACCGUGGAGAACUCGGACUUCGUGCGGUACCACUACAACGGCACCCUGCUGGACGGCACUCCCUUCGACUCCAGCUACAGCAAGGAGAGCACCUACGACACCUACGUGGGCACGGGCUGGCUGAUCAAGGGCAUGGACCAGGGGCUGCUGGGCAUGGGAGCUGGGGAGAAGAGGAGCAUCAUCAUCCCCCCGUUCCUGGCCUACGGGGAGAAGGGCUACGCCUUCACCCGCUUUGCAGCCCGGGGGGUUCCCGGCAGCGCCGUGCUCCGCUUCGAGGUGGAGCUGGUCUCCAUGGAAGAAGGUGUUCCCGAAGGCUACCUGUUCAUCUGGCACGGGGACCCGCCAGCGAACCUCUACGAGGAGAUGGACCUGAACAAGGAUGGCGAGAUCCCUGCUGAGGAGUUCUCCACCUUCAUCAAGACCCAGGUGGCGGAAGGGAAAGGCCGGCUCAUGCCCAGCUCAGACCCGGAGAAAGUCAUCGCGGACAUGUUCAAGAACCAGGACCGGAACCAGGACGGGAAGAUCACCGCGGAGGAGCUGAAGCUGAAGUCAGACGAGGACCAGGAGAAGAUCCACGAGGAGCUCUGAAGAGCAGCCACCCCACUCGCCCCGUGGACAGGACUGCUCUCGUGCUUCCCGGACAGGACCACCCCGGGAAGCCAGCCCUGCCCCCUGUGCACCCCUUACAGCAGGGGGCUUUGCAAUUUUUUUUUAAUUUUUAUUUAACUGAAUUGUCUUCCAUGUGUUCCACGUGCGCAGGAGAACCAGCCAACCCCCAGCUGAAAAACCCAGGCGAGGAGGUGGGAAACACCUGUGUUCUUGGGGGUCUCCCUACCCCGCGGGAAAGGCAGCGCCAGCUUUUCCGAGCCCCUCAUCUCCUCGUGCUCAGAGGCUCUGGUGGACACAGGGGCUGAGCUUCUCUGAGCUGGACCAAGCCAUGCCAAGGCCAGACCUAGAGCCUUUACACGACACUAGCGCUGGCCGCGUUCUCCGUCGAGCCCCCAGAGCCGCGGGCACAGCCCUGAGGGGCCCUGGCUCUGCCCCAGCCCCGCUCUCCCUUUGCCCGCGACUGCAUUUCCUCGGUCCAGCCUCCUGGGUCUCACCUUCACCCCGUGCUGGCGCCGCUUGCGUGCUCCUGCACCAGCUCCCGGAAGCAGCUGGGCAGAGGGCUCGAGCCCCGGCAGGCAGGAGCAAAGCUGGGAGCACGCACGCGCCUCCAGCGUGGUGGCAGCCUGUCCCACCGCCGCCAGCUCUGUGAGCUCCCUUUUGCUUCUAAUAGCAUGGUUGUAGCUUAGGGAUUUUUUUGUUUUAUAUACAUAAUUCUUUAAAGGAGAGGAAAAAUAGAGACGAGCCUCUUGUGCCGUUCCCGGUGCUGGCCUCUGCUUCCCGCCCCGCUCUUACCACGGAGCUCUCCGGCGGGACGAGAGGCUGGAAGGUGGCUCAGGUUCCCAGGGUGAAACCGAAACUCCUCCCAGGCAUCUGCUGUUUCAAAAAGUCUGGCCCCUUUCAGACAACUCAGAUGAGACCCGAUUAACCACUUGUCAGUUUGGAAAAUGGAAAAGCCCCAUCUCUCCCAUCCAGGCCCCCAGGGAGCAGCAGGCUGAUUAUCCACGUCCUCGUGCUCCCCGCCCUGCAGCACAAGUCUGCCAAUGGCAGCACCAGUCAGUGACUGAGGAAAAAAAUCAGCCCAACUUUAUUUUGAUGCCUAAAUGCAGCUAAGUAAUUAACUUGGCUCUCUCAGGUUUGCCAGUUUUGACCAGUCUGCCUCCAUCACCUUUCCACAGCUCUAAAGGCUUGUGUAUGGUUUGGCCAUGCAAACAGAGAUAAAAGAAAUGCAAGAAAAAAAAUAACGCGUACAGGGUUAGAGUGAACCCCUCAAAUGAUGACUUUUACUUUGCACCAAAUAAAAAUAAUUUCAACUGGUUUCCAAGAAGUCUGCCUUUGUGUCAGGUUGUUUUGCAAUCCAUGUUUGUUUGGGCAGCAGCACAAGGAUGAGGCUCACCUGCCUCCUUCCUUCGAGGGAGGGCAUCACAGUGGGAGCUUUCGAGUCUCAGCACCUGCUAUGUUGGGCUGGAAAGAAAUAAAACUCAAACAAACAGUCUUUGCUGGAAGGCCUCAGCAGCUCUGGAGGCACUUCAAAGCCCUAGGAUGAACAUGCCCACAGCAAGGGCAUGCUUGCCGUGCCCUUACGGCACAGUAUACAGAGCUGAGGUCUGUUGCAAUCUACCUGUGCUUCGGCUCCAACAGAAGCAACGUCUCUGCGGCUACCAGCUCUUGCAGGGAUGGGGAUGAAGUGGAGCUGGGGGAAUCGGCAUUGCAGGUUGCCAGUGACAGCCUUGGGGGUGAGAGCAGCUCCAAGUCACGACUCCUCCAAGCUGGACAGCGCGACACACACUCUGAAUACAAACUGCACACUUUCUAGCUUUACCAAACAUUUUUAUUUCAACAAAGAGAAUGAAACCUGCACCCUUCAGAAGCUGCAUUUCCUCAACCUGUAAAGCAGAGGACGGUGAGCCAGCCACAGGGCUAGGGGUGAACCCAGAGCAGCCUAGAACGUACAAGCAGGCCAAAAGGUGCCACCAUGCAAACACAAAGGGGAACGUGCUGCGAAUCUAUGCUGGCUCGCACCACAGCACCCUCGAGGAACAAAAAACUUUCCCAGAACAGCCUAACUAUAGUUAAUACUGCAGGAACAUGUGUCCCUGCCAUCUGUGGUGGAAGCAUCAGGGCGGGAUACGAAAGCAGUUUCUCAUGUAAGGGGCCUCAAUUUGCCCCUUGCUGAAUCAGGGUCGUCUUAGUUUUGCUUUUCAUUUACAUUACCAGAGGUUACACAAAAAUAAGAGGGCCUCUUUCUAUUGCUGCUCAGAGAGCCCAGAAUCAGCACAGCAGUUUAAGCUAGAAAAAUGGUUAUCCAAAAUAUUCCCUAAAAACCAAAGCACUGUUUUGCCUUUCCUCCCAAAAUCACACCUCCAGGCUUCAAACAAGCUGCUCCAAGUCCCCAGCCACACUGCUGCCACUGCAAAGUUUGCCCAGACCCUACCAGCCCAGUUCUCGUUAGACAAACCUACUUCUUGCUUUAUCAUGCAGUGGCAGAAGAGCUCCACGGAACAGCAGGAAGGAUUAGAAGAGCCUUUUUACAGCAAGGGCCAUUGCAAAUCCAAUUCUGCACACACUUCCACCCGAUGGUACUGCUACCAGGCAAAAACCCCCAGCUGAUCUGCUUCCCCUCUACCUUCACUCCCCUAACAGUGACCAAACCUGCUUUUAGCAUAUACAACUCCUAGAAACGAUUCCAUGGCAAACGACCUUUAUUUCUGCAUUCAGCCGCUGAAGCUAGGUACAGAAGGCCUCUACCCAAAAUAUUAAGUGGUCUGUUGUGGUCCCAAGGGCUGGUUGGGAUGAAGUCGAGUAAGCAGCAGAGCUGGGGCAGAGGUGGGGGAAAGCAAGUGGACUAUUUGCUUUCCCCAACUCACUCCUCCAGUUCCAGGACUGACGAAAA